CGAUUGACAUAACCAGCUCUCCUAACCUGAACAUAACCGCAGCUUAACCGAUACAUUCAACCGCUUCGCCUUACGGAACACGCGUUUUGUAUCUCUGUGUAAUAACCGAAAAUCUUUGUGCCUGUGUGAACAUGAGGACACACUAAAAAAAAAAGUGACAAGAAAAAUCCAGAACUUUUUCAAACAAUUCUUAUAAACUCUAACGAAAAAGCAAGAAAAAUGCAUUCCGUGGAAGACAUGUUGGUGGAGAAAAACUACAGCAAGUGCCCGCUGAAAAAGCGCCCGGUUAACUACCAGUUCGAGGCGCCCCAAAAUCACAAUCAAACCCCCAACGAACCCCAGGAUCUGUGCGUGAAGAAAAUGGAAAUUCUGGAAGACAAUCCCUCCGAGGAGCUGAUCAAUGUCAGCGAUUGUUGCGAGGACGAGGGUGUGGAUGUGGACCAUACCGAUGACGAGCACAUCGAGGAGGAGGAGGACGAGGAUGUGGACGUGGAUGUGGACUCGGAUCCCAACCAGACCCAGGCUGCGGCUCUGGCUGCUGCCGCUGCCGUGGCCGCCGCAGCCGCCGCCUCCGUGGUGGUGCCCACACCCACCUACCCCAAAUAUCCCUGGAACUUCCACAUGUCACCGUACACCGCCGAAUUCUACAGGACCAUCAAUCAGCAGCCGGGUCACCAGAUCUCCCCGCUGCGUGGCGAUCUCAUUGCGCCCAGUUCGCCGAGUGACUCGCUGGGCUCCCUGUCGCCGCCACCACACCACUAUCUUCAUGGACGCGCCAGCUCCGUUUCGCCGCCCAUGAGAUCGGAAAUCAUCCACAGACCUAUUGGCGUAAGGCAGCAUCACCACCGCUUCCUGCCCUAUCCACCAAUGGGUGGAUACCCCAACCUGGGCGGCUAUACCCAUCAUCAUCAUGCUCCGAUUUCGCCGGCCUACUCGGAGAACUCCUACUACUCCAUGCGCUCGAUGACGCCCGAGUCCAGCUGCAGUUCCUCGCUGCCCGAAGAUCUGUCCCUGAAGCACAAGAACAUGAACCUGAACAAGAGCCAGCAGCCUGGUGAACUGCCCGCAGCCAAGACGGCAGGGGAAUCCUCGCCUGGACCCAGCCCCAUCUCCUCCGCCAAGAAGGACAAGAGCCAGCCGCCGCGUUACCAGUGCCCGGACUGCCAGAAAUCCUACUCCACCUUCUCGGGCCUGACCAAGCACCAGCAGUUCCACUGCCCCGCCGCCGAGGGCAACCAGGUGAAGAAGUCCUUCAGCUGCAAGGAUUGCGACAAGACCUAUGUUUCGCUGGGUGCCCUCAAGAUGCACAUUCGCACCCACACGCUGCCCUGCAAGUGCAACCUGUGCGGCAAGGCCUUCUCCCGACCAUGGCUCCUCCAGGGACACAUUCGCACCCACACGGGCGAGAAGCCCUUCAGCUGCCAGCACUGCCACCGGGCCUUCGCCGAUCGCUCCAAUCUGCGGGCCCAUCUGCAGACCCACUCGGACAUCAAGAAGUACUCCUGCACCAGUUGCUCCAAGACCUUCUCGAGGAUGUCCCUGCUGACCAAGCACUCGGAGGGCGGAUGUCCUGGCGGCAACGCCGGAUCCUCCAGCAGCGAACUCAACUACGCCGGCUAUGCCGAGCCCUAAGGCGAUCUGCAACAGGCUGUAUAUAACGUACACAUAUAGCUGAGAUCCCAGCCAUGUUCCACCAAAAAUUAGUUCCUAGCUCUCUUAGGCGGCUCCAAGUUCCCGAAACACAAAAACUCCCAGUGCAGACACACAACUUCAAGCAGAAUUUCACUUAUUUUUAUUUUCUAGUCAGCAUUUUCUCCGAAAAAAACGAGAAAAUUAAAAAUUACAUUUUAAUUUGUACCCCCCAAAACACUUUUGUAACACAUAUCCCCCCAUUUGAUUAAUUCGAACCAUUUUUUGAGUGUGUGCCCAUAUCCUAAAGAUGAACUUUGUAAAGUAUUCUACGAUUUAUCCUGUACAUAAUGUAUUAUGUCUAACUGUAGACUUUAAGCUGAAAACAAACGAAACGCCAGACAAUCGUAAGCAAGACAUACAACAUCUCUCUAUUUUAUACGAUAGUAUUUUUAGCCUAGCUGUAGACCGUAAAAUAUUUUUGAUAUGACCCUACUUUUUCGCAUAUACAUUGAAAAUGUUGUACUUUAACCUAAGUGAAGAUAAGCGAACAACAAAUAUUUUGAUACGAAA